CACCCAGAGUAGAAAGGCGCCCCCCUCUCUGAGUCAAAGAACGGAACGCGAGUAAAUUGCCACACACAGUACUACGGCCACCCGCAGCUCUCACUCUACCACCCUCAACAAAGAUAGCGCCGCGAGAAUCUUUUUUGUUUUCGCAGUGACGUACCUGUAGUGUUCCCAUGAUGCCUUGGGAGGGCGGCCAUUCAAACCCGAGCGAGAUUGAAGAGCAGAAAAUGGCGGCGCCGAGAGCUACGCUACGAGAAGUCGACCUGCCUCUCGUAGCAGACUCCGGCCCAGAAUCCGGCUUGGAACUGCGUGACGCCUCCGCCAUUGCUGUGACUGUGGCGGCCUCGCCGGUCGCUCCAGGUCCCAGCGGCGCCUUCGCGGUGUCUGUGGUUUUUCCCGGCUUCGUGACACGGGAGGGCUGUUUCCGUUUCACCUCCGAGCUCCUGAAGCACGUCUUGUACCAGAGGCAGCAGCUGCCCUUGCCUUACGAGCAGCUCGCCUGCUUCUACCGGAGGCAGCUUCCGGGAACCCCGGAGCAGGACGAAGAUGUGGUCAGAAAGAUCAAUCCAAGAGAUCAAGACAGCAACAACAAGAGGUGCCAGCAAGUGCUAAGUGAUCUUGAAGGAGUGUUCCAGCACUUGGAAAUAAUGUUCAGUUUGACAUUGGUCCCACGAGUUCUUGUUCUGCUUGGGGGUACUGCUGUCAGCCCGAAAGAAAUCUAUGAGAUCAACCUGCAAGGUAUCUCUGUGAAUGGCGCUGAUGAGAGCCUGCAGACAGCAGCCUGUAUUCGCAAGCUUUUUCAUUCGCUUUUCCUGGCGGAUGUGUUCAGUGAGCUUCAGGCUAUUCCAACUGUGGGUGUCAUUGUUAUGGUUCAAGGGCACCGCAACUGUGGCAUUAACUGGUUCAGACCCAAACUAAACUACAAAGUGCCAACUCGAGGAAGGAAGCUGACUGUCAACUUGUCAUGCAGUCACAGCCAGAGUGCAGCCGUUUCUGCCUGCCAGGAGAUGAACUCUACCUCAGAUGAUUACAUAUGGUUUCAAGCCCCAGUGACAGUCAAAGGCUUCCGUUACUCUUCUUGACAAAGUUUUUAAGGUGGAAACUUCCUAUGUUGAUAUUGCUUUGUGGUAAAUCUGAUCAGCUGCCAUCACAAGUUCUCCUCAUUUGAAUCUUUUCACCAGAGCCCUUUGAAAUCUGUAUUGAGCACUGCUGUAUUCUCCAGAGCUACUUCCUUUCACAUGAUGGAACUUUGAAGUGGAUCCACCUCUGAUUAUAGGAAGUGCCUUUGGAGAACUAAUUUAAAGGGCAAAAAGUAUUGCUUUAGGGUCCACUAAUCUAUCAAAUGAUACUUGAACUAGCUGUGCCAGUGUAGGAACGUCCUACAGGGUAUUAUGUUGUGGACUAUGUUCACUUGUAGAUAACUAUACAAUGUUGAUGAAUGAAUAUGCAUUCAGUGAUUGUUCAAGAGUAUGGCAAAAGCCAUACAAUUUGCUGCUUUUUCCUGUGUAGUGACUUAAAACUGUUGAAGGGCCUGUUGUAAGGGUUAUGGCCAUAAUUUGGAUCAGUACAAUUCUCCUCAUGUCUGGAGGGAUAAUAGAUUUUAUAUUCUCCACAGCUGGACUAUCUCAGCAAGGAAGGCUGGUUUAGAAAUACCAAUUUGAUGGCACCCAGUUGCUUUGGAUGAUAAAUUGCAUAAUCCCUGAUCAUUAAUCUUGCUGCCUUAGGCUGCUGAGAACUGGAAGGCACCAGGUUGGGAAAGGCUUCCUCUGAACACUGAUUUCUCUGAGUAGUGUCAUAAAUUACAAAUUAGAGAGUGAAGUCUCUCUGAAUUAUUAACUAUAAGUAAAAUUAUUGAAAAGCAAGCUUCCUUUGCUUUCCUAACAUCUGAACUGUGUGAGUGCUCUGACCAAGCCUUCUUCUCUCAUGUUGGCUUCUCUUAGUCAAAACCCAAAGCCAACAUCGUAAACGCUCUCUUUUUGGACAAUGGAUUUUGUGCCCAAUCCUUGUGUAAUUUCAGUUUCUAUAAAACUGUAGAAGUUCCUUUGCUGUGAUUGAAUCGAAAUUCUAGGUCAGCUUUCCCAACCUGGUACUGUCCAGACGUUUUUAGACUCCUGUUCCUAUCAGCCCCAGCCAGCAUACCCAAUGGCAGAUGUAGUAAAAACAAACAUCUGCAGGGCAUAAAGUUGUUAUAGGCAACAAUGAAGAUUAGGGCCAUAAAAUUGAUUCUAUACUGAUCUGCUAUAGUACAUCAUGACACUGAUCCAUUUCAUGUUGUGAUGGUGGCCUGUGUGUAUUGUGGGGAGGGAAGUUAUUGUUGGGCAAGCAUUAGAGGAGACUAGUAUAUUUUUCCAAGCAUUUUACCUAAUUUAAACAAAUCUAUUAAGGGUUUGAAUGGCUUUACAGUGAAAUGAAGGAAUAGGUCAGUGAGUUGAGAGACGGUGGCAGAUCCCAGACUAUGUUUUGGCAGGGGGGAAAUUAUCCAGACACAUUCAAGAUAGAUGUACGGAUAGCUUCAUAUUUUCCUACAUUCACUCAGGCAAGAUUUUGGGAUGGGAAACAAAGAGUAAUAAGGAACUGCAAACUGGAUUUUGUAUUGCUUGGAAGUUUCCAGGUUAGAAACCUAUGGGAAGUCUAAGAGUAUCUAUUACGUAAUGGGAUGCAACCACAUCUUAAACAUAGGGCAUUUGAACUACUGCUGUUCACAGUGAUGUUUACAGCUGUUCUGUCACAGAGCAGACAAACUCUUUAAAGGACGGUAUCUAUAAUCUCACUGUAAACCCUUCAAUUAAAGGUAUCUCUAACCUUCUGCAGCAUUAUAGAUUACGUGACCCUUGUGUCAUUUUGUAUUGUAUCCUAAUUGUUCUGGAAGAGGCUAAAGAAAGAAGCUGUUCUAAAAUAACAUGCCUGUUGUUAGCUAAUAAAGCACAAAAGAUACUGCAUCAGUUCCCUGAACACAGGCUGUAGUACAAAAUAUUAUAGCUAUUGGAUUUAUUUAAAAUAUUGCCUUCCUCAGAGAAAAUAGCAUGGCUAGGGAGAAAACUGAUUUAGGCUGCAGUCCAAUACACACUUACUUGGGAGUAAGUCCCAUCGAACCCAAUGGAGCUUACUUCUGAGUAGACAUGUAUUGAAUUGCAGCCUUUGCUUCUGAAGGAGUGCCUAUAAUUUAGCGGCCUUUAGCCCUUGACAGUGCACCCAGUUCUAACUUUUUAAGCCUUGUGUGCAAAUCCAGUUACAAUCCACUAUCCUUUUACAAUCCAGAGUACUGUAAAAAAAAAGGUGAUGAAUCUUUUCCUCCAUGGGCCACUUUUCCUUAGGAAAAAUCUGUCAGGACCACAACCCAGCAGUGUGGGGGGCCUAGAGCCACCAGCACAUACCCUCAUUUGUUUAGUUCUCUUCUCCCUCCCUUUUCCUCUUGCACAGCAUUUGGGCUUAGAUUGGCACAAAAUGCAAAGUGGUUUUUUUUUUUAAACUAACUGUUUGAGGGGGUCUUAGGGCAGUGCAGGGGGAUCACUCCCCAGCUGUGACCAUCUACCAAAAAUUGCCCUUGUAGCAUGGCAGUUAGGCUUAAACAGUUUCCAUGGAAAUGAUUUUCUAAAGCAUAAUUGGUGUGGGUGAGAAUAUUUAAUAUUUGUGAUUUUGUGAAAGUGGUGCUUCAAUGAAAUGUAAAAGGAAUCUAUCUUGUAACAAAUCUUGUAAAAUGACAUUAAACAGACAACAACGCUA